AGUCGGCCACCGUAGCUGAGGAUCGACACGGCAACGCUUGGCUUGGAUACCUGCGGCUAAACUAUUAGCUUGGCUGUGGCUAACGUCAAGUCACCGCUGGUGUGGGCUCUCCGGGCGGGAUUCAGGUUGUGCACUACUGUACAGGAAAAAUGAGGUUGAAGGAGAUCCAGAGGACUGCCCAGCAGGCUUGGAGUCCAGCCGGGCACCAUCCCAUCUGCCUGGCUUUAGGCACAUCAGCACAGCAGCUUGAUGCCUCCUUCAACACCACAGCGGCCCUUGAGAUAUUUGAGAUGGAUUUUGCUGACCCCUCCUUGGACAUGAAGCUAAAAGGCUCACUGUGCACCCCCAACAGGUUGCACAGUCUUGUAUGGGUUAAUUUCGGAAUGGGAGCAGAUGGCGCAGGGGGCAGGCUGGUCGGUGGUAGCGAGAACGGCACGUUAACCGUUUAUGACCCCGAGUCUAUUGUGGGUUCCGGAGCGGAGGCCGUGGUGGGACAGUGCGACAAACACGCAGGACCCGUGCGAGCGCUGGACUUCAACCCUUUUCAGAGCAAUCUACUUGCAUCCGGAGCGAAUGACUCAGAGAUUUAUAUUUGGGACCUGAACAACUUCAGCAGUCCUAUGACGCCAGGAGCGAAAGCACAGCCCACAGAGGACAUCAGCGUGGUGUCCUGGAACCGGCAGGUGCAGCACAUCCUGGCCUCUGCCAACCCCAGUGGCAAAGCCGUGGUGUGGGACUUGAGGAAGAACGAGCCCAUCAUCAAGAUCAGCGACCACAGCAACAGGAUGCACUGUUCCGGGAUGCUCUGGCACCCCGAUGUGGCCACUCAGCUGGUGCUGGCCUCAGAGGACGACCGCCUCCCCGUCAUCCAGAUGUGGGACUUGCGUUUUGCCACCUCACCUCUCAAAGUGCUCGAGAAUCACACGCGGGGGAUUCUGUCCAUCUCCUGGAGCCAAGCUGACUCUGAGCUCCUGCUCAGUAGUGCUAAGGACAACCGUAUCCUCUGCUGGAAUCCCAACACUGGAGAGGUCAUCUACGAGCUUCCCACAACCAACCAGUGGUGCUUUGACGUCCAGUGGUGUCCCAGGAACCCCGCUCUGCUCUCGACUGCCUCGUUCGACGGUAGAAUCACCGUUUACUCCGUGAUGGGAGGGAGCUUGAAGGCUCAGCAGCAAAGCACCGCAGAUAAGAUAUCUUCAUCGUUUGAUACAAUGGAUCCCUUUGGUACGGGGCAGGUUCUUCCUCCACUGCAGGUUCUUCAGCCUGCAGUACAGGACACCAUUGUCCCCCCUCUGAGGAAGCCCCCUAAGUGGGUGCGGAGGCCAGUAGGGGCCUCCUUUGCUUUCGGCGGUAAGCUGAUAACAUUUGACAACCCAAAGCCGACCCCGGUGCAGAGCCCCCAAGGCUCCCCCAGACAGGUGUUUAUCAGCCAGGUCACCACGGAGACGGAGUUCCUGCAGCGCUCCAGGGAGCUCCAGGUGGCCCUGCAGUCAGGCUCCUUCAACAGUUACUGCCAGGCCAAGAUCCACACCGCCAAGUCGGAGGCCGAGCAGGACAUAUGGAAGUUCCUCCUGGUGAAUUUUGAAGAUGAGGUUCGCAUAAAAUUCCUGAGACUCUUGGGUUUCAGCAAGGAUGACCUGGAAAAGAAGAUUUCCAAAUGCCUGGGUAAGAAUUUCCAAGCCAACGGACAUGCCGUGGACGCCGAGGACUUGGCCAAAAAGAUGUUGCAGCUUUCUGCUCAGAGGUCUGAAGAAGCGGAUGCAGCCGCUGAUGGCACGACAUCGGGCUCCGUUUCACCUGCUGACUUCUUCAACCAGAGUCCAAAAGAAAACUUCCACAUCCCGGUUUCAUGCGACACAGACGGAUUGAUAAGCCAAGCGCUGCUGGUGGGCAACUUUGAGGGAGCUGUGGAUUUGUGCUUGAGCGAUGGCCGCUACGCUGAAGCCAUCCUGCUGUCCAUCAGCGGCGGCGAGGAGCUGCUCAAGAAGACGCAGCAGAAGUACCUGAGCAAGCAAAAGAACAGCAUCUCCAUGCUUAUAUCGUCGGUGGUGACCCAGAACUGGAGAGACAUUGUGCAGAGCUGUGAGCUGGACAACUGGAAGGAGGCUCUGGCUGCCCUGUUCACCUACGCUUACCCAGAGGAAUUUGCACAUCUGUGCGAUACACUGGGGGGCCGUUUGGAGCGAGAGGGUACGGAGAAACGCUGUCUGCAGGCCUGUCUGUGCUACAUCUGUUCUGGAAACAUUGAGAGGAUGGCGGAGUGCUGGGCCUUGCACAGGGACUGCUCCUCUCCUCUCGGUCUAGAGGAUCUGGUCGAAAAAGUCAUGAUGCUGCGCAAGUCCAUCGAGCGCCUCCGCAACAGCGAGGUGGCGGUCCAGAGCCCCAUCCUGGCCGAGAAGUUGACCUGCUAUGCCGGCAUCCUGGCUGCAGAGGGCAGCCUGGCCACAGCCAUGGCUUACCUUCCUGAGAAUUCCAAUCAAGCCGGGAUCAAAAUGCUGCGAAACAGAUUAUUCCACGCUCAAGGAGAGGCUGCAGGCAGACGGCAGCCUGCAAACGCAGCCAAGCCCAACGCGGCCGCUCAUACUGCUGCACAGAAUGCACAGAUUAUGGAUCAGUAUCAGCCCCUUCCUUCUCAUCAUCAUCAUCAUCAUCAUCAACAGCAGCAGUCACCCAUGCCGACAUCAGCGGUGUUCAAGCCUCAAGUUCCUCCAAGUAGCUCCGAGCCAGGCCUGCCGCCCUCUUCUUACAUGCUACCCCCCAGUGGGACCCGCGCGGCCAUGAGACCCACGUACCCCCAAAAUCCAUCUACAGCCCCAGGUUUCGCUCCUCAUCAGCCAUUCCAGCCGGCACCCAUGGGCGCACUCUCGACCUUCACCCCCCCCGGCCCCUCCAUGCCUGCCGCCAACUUAUCAGGACCUCCGCUACAGCCCUCCUCCGCAGCUCCGGGGGGGCUCCCCCCCAUGCCCAGCCCAGGGGUUCCUCCGACGAGCUUUAUGCCUCCAACCUCCAUGCCGUCAGGUCCCUUGCCGACCGGCUCCCAGCCCGGAGCGCCGGUCCCCAUGUACCCCGGGGGCCUCCACAACCACGGGCCCAUGCCCCCCAUGGCAAGCGGUCCCUACGCCCCUAUCGGAUCGGGUUACCCACAAGGGGGACCCGGGGCUCCUGGUGCAAAGCCCUUUGCAGGCUCUGCCGUGGCUCCUUCACCUUCAGGAUUCUUUCCUUGGCUGAAUUCUCAGUGUGACGACCAAGCGCCCCAAGAAGGCUGGAAUGACCCCCCAGCGGUACGAGGGGGACCCAGAAAGAAGAAGCAGGUUCCUGACAACUACACACCACCCGCCCCCAUCACUGCCCCCGUCAUGGGCUUCCCAGGGGAGGCCCCUCAACAACACAACCACGCCCAGGUGCCCCCCGGAGCCCCACAGGAGCCCAGCGUGCAGCUCCUCCAGCAGCUUCCAGCAGAGAGAGUGGAGCAGAAGGAGAUCCCCCCCGAACACAUGGUGCUGAAAUCCACCUUCGACAGCCUGGUGCAACGGUGCCAGCUUGCAGCGGGGGACCCGCAAACGAAAAGGAAGCUCGAUGACGCCGCCAAGCGUUUGGGGUGCCUGUACGACAAGCUGAGAGAGCAGUCGCUCUCCCACAACAUCCUGAACGGCCUCCACGAAAUCGGGCGCUGCGUGGCGAGCCAGAACUACCAGCGUGGCCUGGAGGUCCACACGCAGGUGGUGAGCAGCAGCAACUUCAGCGAGAUCUCCGCCUUCAUGCCCAUCCUCAAAGUAGUCAUGACCAUCGCCAACAAGCUGGGCGUCUAACCGACCGCUUCGCUUCGCUUUUCUAUUUAUUUCCCUUUUCUUCAGUCAUGUUUCUUAAAAGAUCGCGCGCGGUGGGGGGAGGGGGGCAGAUGAAUGUAUUCUGAAAUCAAAAACUUACUCGAUGUACAAAAUGUGUGCUUCAAGCGAUCGGCGCGUUUUUGUAGUCCACAUUAUCAGACAUUGGAUGUGAACACUUUUCUAACGAGGUGGUACAUGCCUUGUAACCCUUGCGAGAGAUGUAGUGAAAUAUUUCAUGGUAAAAAAAAAAAAUAAUAAUAAUAAUAUAUUGAGGCGGCACGGUGGUCUAGGGGUUAGCGCACAGACCUCACAGCUAGGAGACCAGGGUUCAAUUCCACUCUCGGGCAUCUCUGUGUGGAGUUUGCGUGUUCUCCCCGUGCAUGCGUGGGUUUUCUCCGGGUACUCCGGUUUCCUCCCACAUUCCAAAAACAUGCUAGGUUAAUUAGCCACUCCAAAUUGUCCAUAGGUAUGAAUGUGAGUGUGAAUGGUUGUUUGUCUAUAUGUGCCCUGUGAUUGGCUGGCGACCAGUCCAGGGUGUACCCCGCCUUACGCCCGAAGACAGCUGGGAUAGGCUCCAGCACCCCCCCCCCGCGACCCUCGUGAGGAAAAAGCGGUAGAAAAUGAAUGAAUGAAUGAAUAAUAUAUUGACUGAUGCUCUUCACCGGCUGUCAUUAUAUUCAGUCAACUGUGUGCCAUCACGUCCUUUAGCCCCCCCCCCCCCUUUAUUUACCACUACUGGCUUGGGUGAAUGAUUCCUAGACGACUCUUCAUUCAUUCAACAUCUCUGCUUCAUCGCGGCCGUGUCUUCUCCUUUUUAUGUAAAGCAUUCUUACAACAGAUCCCAUAAAUAUUAAAUCAUUCUAGUCGGGGAUUUGUCGCAGGCUAGUUUGCUCUAUCACGGCAGCAGAAGGCGGUAAAGUGCCUCCUUGUGUGCUUGUUUUUUUUUUUUUUUUGGUUGCACAGAUGUUUAUAUAGUACAAUCCAUGUUGCUUAUUUAACUGUUUUUUUUUCCCAAAAUAAAAUGUACCUUCUUCGAUUCCAAGGCCAAAGUAUUCUGCAUGAAAGGUUUGCAUAGCGUUAUUGCGAUGCAGUAUGAGAGACUGUCAAAUAUUUGCAUUAAGGUGGAACUCUAUUUGGUAACAAAAGUGGGUGCAAAUGGGGCCAUUUGGUUGACCUCGUGUUAUCUUUCUUCAUUUAAUUCUUUCUUUCUUCAUUUAAUUUAAUUCUUUCUUUCUUAAUUUAUUUCAGACAUGCAUACUAUGUUACAUUAUUCUUUCUCACAUAUACAC